AGUUCAAUUAGAUCACCCAUCCUCUACAAACAGAAACAAAUUAGAUCAUCCACAUGCAGAGUUUCGGUGCAAAUAAUUUAAGCCCAAAAAAACCAAAAUAAAUAAAUAAACAACGAAAAGAAAUAACCACUAAUAAAAAGCAGGUAUAGAAAUACAUUUCGCUCCAAAAUUAUUUAAACCAACUUCAAAACCGAUCGUCUACGUCAUACUCUCCAUACAUUCAACACCCCAUUAAUCUUUUCUCUGUUUUUUCUCUUUCUUCCACUUUCCGACGAUGACGACCUCUACGAAAAGCAACUUCAUGCCUGCGAGCUUGGUCUCCAAUCUUCAACAAGUACUCGCCCUCAAAAACGACGGCGUCCAGCAGCAACGGUCCUCCAACGCCUCUGAACUAAACAAAGUGUCUUCAUCAUGCUGCUCGAACAGCGAGGACGCCAUUCAAGGCAAGGAGUGCGUAAAGCCGGUGGUUUUGGUCACAAAUGGGGAGGGAAUCGAGUCUCCUGGUCUCACAUUUCUCGUCCAAGCUCUCGCUCUCGAUGAUCGCCUUGACGUCUACGUCUGCGCUCCUCAAUUAGAUAGAUCAGUCGCCGGUCACUCUGUAACUGUUCGUGAGACAAUUUCUGUGUCUUCUUCUCAAAUCAACGGCGCCACCGCUUUUGAAGUCUCCGGAACGCCAGCAGAUUGUGUGUCUUUAGCAUUAUCAGGGGCAUUGUUCGCGUGGUCAAAGCCUGCUUUGGUCGUCAGUGGAAUAAACAGAGGAUCAAGCUCUGGAAAUAACACGUUCUACUCCGGUGCAGUGGCUGGAGCUAGAGAGGCAUUAAUAUGUGGUGUAUCAUCUCUGUGCAUAUCACUGAAUUGGAAGAAGGAUGUAAGCUGUGAAAGUGAUAUGAAGGAUGCAGUUGGUGUGUCCUUGUCAUUAAUAUAUGCAGCUGUAAAAAGCAUCCAGGAGGGAGUUUUCCCCAAAAGUUGCUUACUGAACAUUGAGAUUCCUAGUUCUCCUUUGACAAAUAAGGGCUUCAAAGUGACCAGGCAGAGCCUGUGGAGAUCCUCCUUGAGCUGGAAAGCUGUGUCCACCAAUAAACGCCCUUCUGCUCCCCAUUUCAUGUCCAAUCAGCAAAGCCUUGGCAUUCAGCUAGCACAGCUCAGCCGAGAUGCUUCUGCAGCUGGCGCAGCACGCCGCUUGAACUCUCAGAAGCAGAAUGUGGAGAUUGAAUCUGUUGGAGCUGCCAGAAAAAGCAACUCGGAAAAAACAGUAAAAUGCUUUCGUUUAGAGUUCUUAGAGGAGGAGCAGGAAAAUGUAGAUGAAGAUCUGGACAUCAGAGCACUUGAAGAUGGAUUUGUUGCAAUUACUCCUAUUUCGAUAUCUCCUCCAACCAUUGGAUCAGAAAUUCAAGCCUCAGUGUCGAAUUGGAUUGCCGGUGCACUGGCCAAGAAUCCCUUGGCAUUUCAUUGAUAAUCUUUGAGCAUUAGUGGAUUACCUUAAAUUUUAGUGCACUAAUUCAAAUAUUUAAUUUCAUCUCUUGGCUGGAUAUUAUUUAGUAUAAAGAGGAGUCUAUGGCGAGCAAACUGUUGUGGCAAAAUGGCCUGGCAAGGCAAAGGCAAGCCUCAGUUUCCUGUUAUUAAAGGUGGAAAAUAUUAUGGUGCAACUUGGAAUGAAUUGGGUUUUCUGAGCAAACCUAACUUGUAAAUCUUAAUUAUUACACUUGGCAUUCUGUGAUUGGAUCUGGAUAAGCAACACUUUAGAACGUCAAAAAGUCAUUUUUGGUUC